AAGUUAUAUAGGUAGCUGAAGAUUUCAUAAGGACUAAAUAAUAAUGUAAAAUAUUACACGAGAAAGCCACUAUAGUACUCUUCCGCAUGCCCCAUGCAUGCAACCUUCUCAACUUUUACCACUUUUGCCGCGUCAACUCUUCUCUCAAAUAUUCUCCUUUAUAAACCCUUCCAUCUUCAUUUCUCCAUCACCACCCUCCACAUUCCCAAACACACAAAACAAACAAACAUAGAAUAUAGAAGAAAGCAAUUCUCCUCCUCUCUGAUUCUGAGUUCUUAAAUUGAAGCCAUCUCUUGUAAUUGGCAAAGCCAUGGGAUUCCUAAAGGCCAUAUUCACCAUAGCAAUAACCAUGGCUUUGUCGAUCGCGCUCAUCACGAUGAACGGUAUUAACCAGUUAGAGGAAGUGAAAUCGUCGCAGGAUCAGCAGCAGCAACAGCCAUUGAUCCAUGAUGGCGAAAACAAAAUAGUUCUUCCUUCUAAGCGGCUGAAUCGCUUCCUUGCUGAAUAUCCGGAUGACAAGAAUCCAAGGAAUCCAAAAGCGGCAGAUCAUUGCAAAAGGGAUAACGAGCUUUGCUACUUGAUGGGUUACGAUAGGAACACGACAGCGUGCUGCAACAACAAGUGUAUGGACUUGGGGUACGACAAGCAUAACUGCGGCGCGUGCCAGCAGAAAUGCAAAAAGUAUACUGAUUCGUGCUGCAGAGGGGAAUGCGUCAAUACCAACUUCGACAAGAGGCAUUGCGGCGGUUGUAACAACCGGUGUGAAAAGGGCCAAUACUGUGUCUACGGACUCUGUGGUUACGCCUAAGUCUCACACGAGUCUCCAAAUGUAAAAGAAAAGGGGAUAUUUAUAGUAAUUAUAUACGAGGUUUGUGAUUUUUAUUAAAGAAAAUUAUUCAAUAAAGUAAACCACAUUUGUGGUGGUUCUCAUCUUGCAAAUAUAUAAUAUAGCACAUAUUGUCGUGAUUACUUCUUAAGUUUGCAGUCUUGAAGUGUUUCUUGAAAGCAUAAUGCUAACUCAGAAAAUAAGUUGAAUUAAAUAAAUCUGUUUUCGGUCAUAAA